UGCUCUCCCGCUUGCCCGUCAGUCACGGGGGCGAGGCCGCUCGGGCUGUCGCUGGGGCGAUGGCGGUGGAGACUCUGUCCCCGGACUGGGAGUUUGACCGUCUGGACGACGGCUCGCAGAAAAUUCAUGCUGAAGUCCAGCUGAAGAAUUAUGGGAAAUUUCUUGAGGAGUACACAUCCCAGCUCAGAAGAAUUGAAGAUGCGCUGGAUAGCUCUGUUGGUGAUGUGUGGGACUUCAGGCUUGACCCUAUAGCACUAAAGUUGUUGCCUUAUGAACAGUCUUCCCUUUUGGAGCUCAUAAAGACAGAAAACAAGGUCUUAAACAAAGUCAUCACUGUGUAUGCUGCUCUUUGUUGUGAAAUCAAGAAAUUAAAAUAUGAGGCUGAAACUAAAUUUUACAAUGGUCUUUUGUUUUAUGGGGAAGGAGCUACAGAUUCCAGCAUGGCAGAGGGCGAUUGCCAAAUCCAGAUGGGGAGAUUCAUUUCGUUCUUACAGGAACUCUCUUGUUUUGUUACAAGGUGCUAUGAAGUGGUGAUGAACGUAGUCCAUCAGUUGGCCGCCCUUUAUAUCAAUAACAAGAUUGCCCCCAAAAUCAUAGAAACAACUGGAGUUCAUUUUCAGACCAUGUAUGAGCACUUGGGAGAGCUGCUGACGGUUUUACUCACGCUGGAUGCAAUCGUUGAGAAUCAUGCCACCUUGAAAGACCAUUGGACAAUGUAUAAAAGGUUACUGAAGUCUGUCCACCACAAUCCUUCAAAGUUUGGGAUCCAGGAAGAAAAACUGAAGCCAUUUGAGAAGUUUUUGCAAAAACUAGAAGGACAGUUACUUGAUGGAAUGAUAUUCCAGGCCUGCAUAGAGCAACAGUUUGAUUCCGUUAACGGAGGAGUAUCUGUGUCAAAGAAUAGCACUUUUGCUGAAGAAUUUGCGCAUAGUAUACGCACGAUUUUUGCAAACGUAGAAGCCAAACUCGGUGAACCCUCUGAAAUUGACCAGAGAGACAAGUACGUUGGAGUCUGUGGACUUUUUGUGUUGCACUUCCAGAUUUUUCGGACUGUAGAUAAAAAAUUUUAUAAAUCUUUACUGGACGUUUGUAAGAAGGUACCGGCCAUCACUUUAACUGCUAACAUGAUUUGGUUCGCGGAUAACUUUUUGAUCCAGAAGAUGCCAGCAGCUGCCAAACUCCUUGACAAAAAAAGCCUUCACGCCAUUAAAACGCACAGGGACGCUUUUCUGCAGCAAAAGGCCCAGUCACUUACCAAAGAUGUGCAGUCUUACUACGUCUUUGUUAGCUCAUGGAUGAUGAAAAUGGAAUCCAUUUCAUCUAAAGAACAGCGAAUGGAUAAGUUUGCUGAAGACCUCACCAAUAGAUGCAAUGUUUUUAUACAGGGUUUUUUAUAUGCAUACAGCAUUAGCACCAUUAUUAAGACUACAAUGAAUCUCCACAUGUCCAUGCAGAAGCCCAUGACCAAAACUUCAGUCAAAGCCUUAUGCAGACUUAUUGAGCUCCUCAAGGCAAUAGAGCAUACGUUUUACCGAAGAAGUAUGGUUGUGGCUGAUUCUGUUUCGCACAUAACCCAGCACCUUCAGCAUCAAGCUCUUAAUUCUAUUUCCGUGGCCAAGAAAAGAGUAAUUUCGGACAAAAAGUAUAGUGAGCAGCGCCUUGAUGUCCUCUCUGCCCUCGUGUUGGCUGAGAAUACUCUGAAUGGGCCAAGCACCCGUCAGAGGCGCCUCAUCCUUUCCUUGGCUCUGAGUGUGGGCACCCAGAUGAAAACAUUUAAGGACGAAGAGCUCCUCCCUCUCCAAGUAGUGAUGAAAAAACUGGAUCUCAUUAGUGAACUUAGAGAAAGAGUUCGAACGCAGUGCGACUGCUGUUUCCUUUACUGGCAUCGAGCUGUCUUUCCAAUUUAUUUAGACGAUGUGUAUGAAAAUGCUGUUGAUGCAGCUAGAUUACAUUACAUGUUCAGUGCUUUGCGGGACUGCGUACCUGCUAUGAUGUGUGCAAGACAUUUAGAGUCUUAUGAAAUCCUUCUGAAUUGCUAUGACAAGGAGAUUAUGGAAAUUUUAAAUGAGCAUCUGCUGGAGAAGUUGUGCCGGGAGAUUGAGAAGGACCUGCGUCUGUCUGUGCACACCCACCUCAAGCUGGAUGACCGAAACCCGUUCAGAGUCGGCAUGAAGGACCUGGCCCUUUUCUUCUCUCUGAACCCCAUUCGUUUCUUCAAUCGCUACAUUGACAUCAGAGCUUUUGUAACACAUUAUUUGGACAAGACUUUCUACAAUCUAACAACGGUUGCUCUUCACGACUGGGCCACUUACAGCGAAAUGAGAAAUUUAGCAACUCAGCGUUAUGGCUUGGUCAUGACGGAGGCCCAUCUUCCCAGUCAGACUUUGGAGCAGGGUCUGGAUGUUUUGGAAAUCAUGAGAAACAUUCACGUCUUUGUGUCCCGGUACCUCUACAACCUCAAUAAUCAGAUAUUCAUCGAAAGGACGAGCAACAACAAGCAUUUGAAUACGAUUAACAUCCGCCACAUCGCGAACUCGAUCCGCACGCACGGGACGGGAAUCCUGAACACCACCGUGAAUUUCACCUACCAAUUUUUGAGAAAGAAGUUCUACAUUUUUAGCCAGUUCAUGUAUGAUGAACACAUCAAAUCCAGAUUGAUUAAAGAUAUCCGGUUUUUCAGGGAAGUCAAGGACCAAAACGAUCAUAAGUAUCCUUUUGAAAGAGCAGAGAAAUUCAACAGAGGAAUCAGAAAACUUGGAAUAACACCAGAUGGCCAGAGUUACCUCGAUCAAUUCAGACAGCUUAUCAGCCAGAUAGGGAAUGCGAUGGGCUACGUGCGCAUGAUCCGGUCGGGCGGGCUCCACUGCAGCAGCAACGCCAUCAGGUUUGUUCCUGAUCUCGAAGAUAUUGUCAAUUUUGAGGAGCUGGUUAAAGAAGAAGGGCUUUCAGAAGAAACACUCAAAGCAGCAAGGCAGCUGGACUCAGUCCUCAGUGACCACACACGGAAUUCUGCAGAAGGCACAGAGUAUUUCAGAAUGCUUGUGGAUGUUUUCGCUCCUGAAUUCCGGAGUCCCAAGAAUGUGCACCUUCGAAAUUUCCACAUCAUCGUCCCUCCCUUGACCCUCAAUUUUGUAGAACAUUCCAUUAGCUGCAAGGAGAAAUUGAAUAAAAAGAAUAAAAUGGGAGCAGCUUUUACCGAUGAUGGCUUUGCCAUGGGUGUGGCUUAUAUUCUCAAGCUCCUAGAUCAGUACCAGGAGUUUGAUUCGCUUCACUGGUUCCAGUCUGCCAGAGAGAAGUACCUCAAGGAGAUGAGGGCCGUGGCCAAGCAGCAGAACGUGCAGUCAGCCGGCCAGGAUGAGAAACUGCUGCAGACGAUGAAUCUGACCCAGAAGCGCCUCGAUGUCUAUUUACAGGAAUUUGAAUUACUCUAUUUCUCACUGAGUAGUGCAAGAAUUUUCUUUAGAGCAGACAAGACUGCAGCUGAAGAAAACCAGGAAAAGAAAGAGAAAGAAGAAGAAAAUAAAACAAACAGUGAAGACCCCAUGCCCAGCAGCAACAGUUCUGCCCUCACUGAUCCUGUGGUGAAGUGAUUAUGAAGCUGGGCUUGGGAAGCACCAGGUAACCAGCAUUGUUUACACCGGCCGUUGUAGCUUGGACCUUAGGAGCCUUGAGAUACAUGGAUUAUUGACCGGGCCAGCCCAUCUCCAGACGUGCAAUGUCCCAGGCCUUCUUUGGGGGCCAGGCUUUAAAGCUAUGUCCAUUUUAAAGACUUUCAUUUUAGAAGGUGCUGAAAGAAUUUUCAAAAAUUGGUCCUGGCCUACAGUAGCCUACAAAAUGACAUGCUUAUUUUUGAAUGGUUAUGGUUUCAAGUUAUAGGAAUGCAAAUCUGAAUUCCUGGUCUGCUCUCUGCAGCUCUCUUGGCAUCCACGUGUAUGUUGGGAGUUUGUGUUGUGAUAGGCCAUUGAUUCAUGAUUUGCGUUAAAUCAGUUAAAGAUUUUCAACUAUCAUGGCAACAAAAUUUAAUAAAGAUACUGUGCAUAUCUAGCAAAUAUUAUUUAAAUAUAGAGAUUAAUGGUCAAAUUCUAAAAGCAUAUAUGACACUGUAAAGAGACUUAGAAUAAAACCGUUAAUAUGGCCUGGAUUGUUUAAUGGGCGCCCAGUCGAGGCAAUUUGGGAUCAUCCAUUAGUAACAUGCUGCGUAGACCUACCAGAGCUCUGGAAGCCUGCUGUGAGUCAUUGUGCACUCAGUUUACAUGCUCUGAAAACACUUAAACCGCAUUACAUUAAAUGAUAAUAUUGAAAGUUUGUUUCUUGGUACUCAUAAUUAAGGAAGAUUAAAGUGAGGGCCCAACUUCUUCAGAGACUGGUUGAGGACACUGUGGGACAGCUCUCAGAAUAAGAGAGGAAAGCUUAUUCCCACAUUCACACUCAGGUUUCUUUUUACAUCAAGCCUGAAUUCAAGGAAACUUUGAAAUGCCUUUUCUUUUAACAGGUUAUAAUCCAAGUGGAUUCACAUGAAAUAAUAUUUGCACUGUGCAGGCAUAAAAAAACUAACCACUGUGAGAAUAAGAUAUAAUAACCGAAAUCCAGCUUCCAGAAGCUCUGAGUAUCAUGGGCUGUUGGCCAGCUGCUAGUUUUAUUUUUGUCAAGUUGUACCAAUUAACACCUAAAAGGCCAAUCUUAGCAUAUUAAAAUGCAUUAAAAAGAUUACUUAGAAUAAAAAGGGGCUUAACUUUUAGUGUAAUUCAAAUUUAUAUCCAGGAAUGACUUGUUUUUCUAUUGCAUUUGCCUGUCCUAGUAUUUCUUUCAAGAAAUGCUGUAAUUUACUUCAGUGUUGGUCUUUUGAUUUCCACCCCUUGGGAGCAGUGCGCGGUGUCCUUCCAUCCUUUGUGGACUCAUUGGUGAGAGUCUGUGUUACCUCUUCCGGAGUCAACAUGUUUCAUUUGAAAGUCAAAGGAAUUGUUUUUGCUUCUUCUUUAAACAUGACCUAGCAUUAUGGAUUGGUAAUGUCCUGAAAGCAUUCACUCCUUGAUUUAUGCUUCAUCCUAACUGCAGAAAUGGCCCCUAAAGCACGCUGCAUAAUUCAUCCUUUUUAUAUUUGAAUGUUCUUAAAUGAUCUUGCAUUUAAUUGUACCAAAUUAGUCACUGCCUUGCAAUAAUCCCCACAGGAUUGCUGUUCUAACUUUAAACCCACACAUGAUGUCUAAUAUCAACUAAUUGUAAUUGGAGGGAGAACUGGCUCCCGCCUUUCAGUGGAGCUCACGAAACAUAUUGUCAGUUGAAGGCUUCCCCGUUACCAGGUGAAGCCGACACUUUUACCUCUAUUCUUACCUGGCCACCUGCCAUUGGGAAGGGUUGGGCAUUACUGUUCACAGUGCUUUGUCCCAUCUGUAGAGGGCUGACAAAUCCACGUGUGGGGCCAGACCGGUGUGAGGAUGCCACGGCGCUCGGCCACGCUCUGUUUGGCCGCAGAGCCAUAGGAAGACACAUGUACUCCUGUCCGUUGGACUUUUAAGACAGUGGUAACUUUCCUUGUUGAUUCCCAUAGCUUCCUGUUUUUCUAAUGUACUAUAAUUUAGGGAUGAAUGUAAGCACUCGUUGUAAGCUCUUUAAUAACAAAGAUAAUCAAAUUCUCAGGAAUUAAGGACCAAGUAUAACAUUGUCUCUUCUCUUUGUUAAAAAAUUAGGAUUUGUUUAACCUUAUUUCUGUUGUCAGCCUUCCUCCCCUCCACCCUCCCAUUUGUGGAGCAAAAUACACUCUGUACAUUAAACUGUCAGUAAAUUUAAUGAUUUUCAUUCCCCUGAAUUUUUAUGUUCAAAAUUAAAUGUCCUAUAAGAAAA